UAGUACGUGUACGAUGUAUGGACAUAGGGAGCGGGUCCGGGCCUCGGGGGCCGAGGCCGAGGCUCGGGCCCGCGCUUGGGGACACAGCCAGUUGUGUCGCGACGCUCGCGCCUCACGGUACUCGGUGACGUUCACUCCCCGGACACGCGAUGCCAGCCAACGAGUCAUCGACCGGUGUGGCGUCAUUCUUCCGUCGCUGGUGGCGGGCCCUGCUGGCCGAACUGGUGGCCACGGCGCUGCUCGUGCUGCUGGGAGUGGCGUCUCUGUUGCCCGUCAACGGCGCGCCGGCUCCUCUCACUCACCCAGCGCUGGCCUUCGGGUUCGUGGUGGUCGCCAACGUGGAGGCGUUCGGUCCGGCGUCGGGCGCGCACAUGAACCCCGCCGUCACACUGGCCGCCGUGCUGGACCGCCGGCUGGCCUUGCUGCCUGCUGUUUGUUACGUGCUCGUUCAACUGCUCGGCGCCACGCUCGGCUUCGGGCUGCUGAUGGCACUGACGCCUGAAACUUUCGUCGGUGACGUCAUUGUGGGUGGGAACGCCCCGGGGAGCGUGGGUCCGGUGGCGGCGGCCGCGGUGGAGGCGCUGCUGACCGCCGUACUCGCACUACUGUGCUGCGGUGUAUGGCGAGCGCACGAACAGGGCAAGGAGGACCCCGCCGUCUCCAUUAAGUUCGGGUUGACCAUCGCCGGACUCAUCUACGCUGGAGGCGUAAUGUCGAGUGCGAGUCUUAACCCCGCUCGCAGCUUCGCACCCGCCGUUCUCCAAGGGUUUCGGGCGGAUCAUUGGGUGUACUGGGUAGGUCCGCUGGGAGGCUCGGCGCUGGCUACUCUCCUGCAUCGCCACGCCUUGCGUCCGUCACCUACCGCGCCCCUCGCCCAGCCUGAGGAACUGCCGCUCAACGAUAAACCUUAGAAUACUGACCCGGGAUAAGUAUCUACUUCCAGAACGUUCAAAAAGAUGAACUCUUUGGAAGCAGAUGAUAUAGAAAAUAUGCUCUCUGAUUGAAACGAUAAUACUCACCCCGGUCACUGGAUCGAUUACAUGAAACGUCUUCUCAUGGAAAUGUAGACUGAUAUACACACACAUAUAUAUUAAACGAAUUACACCUAUUGUAUGACUCCGGUAUAUGAAAGCACGGCACGUCAACACUAGUCGAGGUAACAUGUACAAAUGAAGGUGACGUAGGUUAUAAGACGGUUGAACAGGGAUUCAAAUUAUUUGUUAUUGUUAAUUAUUCAAAAAGUUUUACAUUUUAAUAAUUGUUAUAAUAUUAAUUGAGACAAUUUUUUAAUAUAUUUUUUUAAUUAAAUUUGUUUUUCAUAUUA